CGCUCGAGGGUAGGGGUCCAAUAAUUUGUUGGCGUCCAAUUAAUUCUUUUUUCUGUAUUAUUCAUAUUGAUCACCAGUCUUUCUCUUCUCUUGCUCUUCUACACUUUAUAGCCUACAGGCUGCCCUCAAUUUCCUCGUCUCGUUGUCGCUCUUAACCGUUCCGCUGCACUAACCACUGCGGCAUUGACUCGCAUUCGGCUACCAUGAGCUCCACGCAGGCGCGCAAGUUCCAGCAGGAAGAGCUAGUUGAACAAGCCUGCGACUCUUGCCGUCGUCGAAAGCUCAAAUGCACAAAAGAGUACCCCGUCUGCGGCUACUGUCGCCGCCAUCAGCGCGAAUGUGUAUACUCGCCUCGCGCGAUUCGCUCUCCACUGACGCGCAAGUACUUGACCCAAGUCGAGACGCGCGUCGACCGCCUCGAAGCCCUCAUCAGCGAGCUCAUUCCCAAUGCUGAUAUCGACAAGCUCUUGGCCAUGUCGGUGCACGAUCAUGCCUGGCGAAAGAGUAACGGCAGUAUACCGGGAAAGAAAUCGCAAGAUGACGCGGCCGACGCCAAGGAUGAGCAUCAGCCGAUCGCAAUACAAGAGACCGUUCCCGACGAAGCUGACGGGUUCGACUGGGUCGAGCAGGAUUUCACCCACAACGAUCUGUCUGAUGGUAUGGCGGCUUUGUCGAUAAAUCCCCAUGGCUCCGGUUAUUUCGGAUCUGCAUCAAGCGCAGUACUUUUGCGUGCGCUUCGCAUCAACCCAUCCACUGGUAUCAACACGAACCUCGAGGGAAGCACAGAGUUGUGGGGCCUUCCAAUCUUACCACUAUGUCCGUCUCCGGCGCCAAAGCACGUCGCUGAUGCCCUCUUGGACGCCUAUUUCUCAAUCUACCACACAUCGUACCCCUUCCUGCACGAAGAGACCUUUCGCGCUCAAUACGAAAAUCAGAUUGCACGGCCGGCAGAGAACGUGUGGGAAAUCUUAUUCAACACGGUCCUCGCCCUCGGUGCCUGGUGCCUCGUCAACGAGUCCUCCUGUGCCGAUAUGGCGUUCUUCCAGAACGUGAAGAUAAGGCUUACCGCUGAUGUUUUUGAGACUGGAAGUCUGCCGCUUGUCCAGGCUCUUAUUCUUCUCAGCAACUAUGUACAGAAGCGCAACCGGCCAAAUACGGGCUGGAACUUCCUCGGACUGGCGCAGCGAAUGGCUACUGGUUUAGCUCUUCACCGCGAGUUUCUUGGCUGGAAAUCGAGUCCCUUGAAGCAGGAAAUGCGUCGCAGAACCUGGUGGGGACUUUUCAUGUUUGAUUCGGGAGCUGCAAUCACAUUCGGACGACCGAUUGGCUGGCCUGAUCACGGCGGCAUGGAUGUCAAGGAGGUGUCGAAUAUCAACGACAGUGACCUGACCUUUGACACAAAAGUGAUGCCUCCCAGCAGUGAUCUGGAUAUCACAAUGUACUCUGGAAUGAUUGUCCAAUGCCGAUUCCAUCUGGCUACCAACAAUCUCUACAAUCGAAUCAUCUCGAAACCUCCAUUGUCCGCCGAGCAGACACUCUCUCUUGCCUCUCAGAUUGACAAAUUCGUCGAAAGCCUGCCGGUGCCAUUUAAAGAGGAAACGCCCGUCUCGCCAGACGCAAAGGACUGGUUCGUGUUUGCCAGGUACCGGAUAUACUGGCGCUAUCAUAACCUCAGAAUCCUGGCAUUCCGCCCCUUUGUGCUGCAGAGAGCUUUGUCCGUCAGUGGAGCUUCAGAGAAAGAAUCGGAAGCCGAAAUUGCCUGUCGAAACCGCUGUAUGCAGGAUGCCCACGCGACUAUUCUGUCGGUUGAAGAUUACAUAGCACAUCGCAAACCAUUAUCAACCAUCGCGGUCUGGUAUGCCUUGUACUUCCUCUUCCAAGCAGGGCUUAUCCCUCUUCUAUGCUAUUGCUCUGAGCCCAACUCGCCGAAAGCGUCAGAAUGGAAGCAGGAUCUCGAACGCACGAAAGCCGCGCUGGCCGCGGUUAGUAGUCGCAACGCUCUUGCCGAUAAAUUCUUGGCUCUGAUCGACGGGCUCAUUGGCUCUGUGGUGCAACCUAACGGGGCAGAUGCUGAUACUGUCGCGGGCCCA